GGGGCGGGGCUUCUCGCCGGGGCUGCGCGUUCCGGGGCGGGCACCGCCCCCGGGCAGAGGGUGACAGCUCCCGGUGCGGCCAUGGCGGCGCUCGCUCUACCGCUGCUCCUGCUGCUCUCCGCCGCCGCGGGACCCGCGCUGGGCUGGGACCGAUCGGGGAAGGUUCUGCUGCGGGAUGUUCAGGCGCUCACCCUCCACAGAGGACAAUACACAACAUCCAGGCGGACAGCUUCGGUCCCCCAGCUGCAGUGCACAGGAGGCUCUGCGGGGUGUUCCCGUGUCCCUGAGGUUGUUCAGUGUUACAACAAAGGAUGGGAUGGCCAUGAUGUACAGUGGCAGUGCAAGGCAGACUUGGAAAAUGCCUACCGUUUUGGAAAAAUGGAAGUGAGCUGUGAAGGCUACGAUUACCCGGAUGAUCCUUACAUACUAAAAGGCUCCUGUAGUUUGCUGUUCAGGCUAGAGCUGACUGAGGAAGGUGAAAGGAAAGUGAAGAGCUCUGGAAGCUUUGGCUCUAGCUAUUACCAGUCAAGGAAAGAUGAUUCUGAUUCUGGUUCUGGAGCAAUUGUUGUAAUUGUUCUUCUCGUUCUUGCUUUUGGAAUGUACAAAUUCUUCCUCAGCAACCAGCAGUCUCAGCAGAGUUCUGGGGACAGUGAUGGCUUCUCCCAGCCCUUCUGGCAGAGCCAGCAGGCACCUCCUCCUCCUGGUUUUAAGUCCACCUUCACAGAUGGCAACAGCUUUGGAACUUAUUCCCAUCAUGGAACCAGUUCAGGACCAGGAUUUUGGACUGGAUUAGGAGCAGGAGGCUUGCUAGGCUACUUGGCAGGCAGUCACAGAGCACAGCCACGUUCCUCAUAUCACAAUAUGUGGACAGAUCCCACAGCUGUACCUCCUAUGCAUGGGCACUCAAGGAAUUCCACAGAAGGCAGCAGUUCAGGGACAAGAACUGCUUCUGGUUUUGGGGGCACAAAGCGAAGAUGAAAUCCUUGACAUUAUUACAUCAGAGUGAUUGAACUAAAUCCUGUUGUGUACUUGUACUUCUUUUAGUAGUAGUAUACUUCAGAAGUGGAUAUGAGCUGUGAAGGACUAGGCAAAGAAUUCCUCCCUUUCUCUGUGGAUUCUCACUUCUAUUUAGGGUAUCACAGGUGCUGAAACAUCCACUAUUUCCAACCAGCAGCAUCUCCUACAGAAAAAGCUCAUCCAUGUUAAGAAGAAUGAUGUUACAGUGACUAUGUAUCUGUCUGUACUUGAGGCAGUAUGGCAAUGAUAGCCUUACCAGAUUUUCAAAGCAUGUAUCUUACUACUCAUGUUCUGGGCUUAAUUUAAUUUCAUCCAGAAUUUCUGAUAAUUUUUUUCCUCUUUCCUGGUAAUCCAGCAUCUACCUGGUAUGUAAGGAGUGCUGUUCUUUGAAGCUGCAUUUAUUUGCCUUUGUAGAAUUCAUGUGAACUUUACUGUAAGUGCAGUCAGCUACUCAGAGAAGUGUUGGAGUUCUUCCUUAGUGGACAAGAGCAAAACUGUGUAUGAAGAAACUAACAUUAGUAUGUUUGUAUCUGUGCUGUGUGACUGUUGGAGCAAAAAUGUGCAGAUUCAUGGAUUCUCCAUGUUAGAGUUUAUCUGAGGUGACUGUGCAAACCUGGGGGACUUUGUAAGUUAUUGAGGGUAAAUAAAUAAGUAACCUGGAAAUUUCAACCUUUUUCUGGAAGACUGAGGUAAUUUUGACUUCAGGUGAUUACAGACAUUUUGUCUGCAUUGAGGCCACAGAUUUUCCUUUUAGUGAUGGAUGUUGGCAAUUCUGUGAAAACUUGUGAUGUGAAUGGUCUGUCCUGCUAGAUCACCUGUCCAGGGCACAGUAAACCAAAGGUGCUCAUUGCAAAAGGGAAGAGAAUGUUCUUAAUGCAAAGCUGAUAGAAUCUCUGGGACACAGCAGGCCUUGAUACUAAGCAAAGAAGGGAAAUUGAUUAUCUAAUGGGAUGUAAACUUCCCCAAAUGUGCUUUUUUGAAAACAAAGUGCUAUCAAAGAGUGGGAAGCAGAGGGGCCUUGCUUUGUUCUGUGAUGAUUUUCUGGGGCCUCUGUGAAGUGUCAUAUAGUUCUUAAGUGACUUAGUCUCUCCUGGAAGAGGCAUUGCUGGAUAAAAAGCAGAGAAAUUUCUUAGAAUUGUGGGGAGAGGGGAAGAGUAAAAAAGUGGGCUGCUUGAUCACCAGCUCUUUUCCAGAGCCCAUCCUAAUAGAGUGUAGAAGUGUUUGUGUGGGCACAGCUUUGUGUAUGCUGGCAGCAGCCAGAGAAGUGUUGUUGUUCAGCCUUGUGAAAAUACAAGUGUCUGGGAAUUGAUAUCAGCUAUUACAGUGAGAGCAAAGCUGAUACAAGUUGUAUCUCCACAGGGAGAUUAGGUAGGUCUGGUUAGUCUAAGAAAGUGACUUCAGGAUAACUCAGGGAAAAGCAAGCAUGUCCAUUCAUGAAUACAGAAGGAGUUAGCUCAUAUGAUAACACCCAAGUUCACUGUAUGGCUUAAGCAACCAAAGAGAGAAAACCAAAAAAGAAAAGGGGAAAAAAAAAAUACAAGCAAACCAAACCAGCAAAUCCCAGAAGUCUUUAUGAAGUGGAGAGCCAGAAAAAGUGUUUCAUGAAAAAGUGCAUGUACUAAAAAUGUUAUUUUGAAAGUAUUGAGUGAAAUGGAUAACUUGAGGGUGAAAUGGUGGCUUGCUUCUCAGAGCUACCUGAGGGUUGGGAGAAGAUAACUGCCUGCACUGUGAUACACAUUAAUGUACAUCACACACUGUGAUGCACAUUAAUAGCCUUCACUGUGAACCUAAAAAGGGAAAUGGUAAAUAUCUUAAUGAUGGCCUCCUAGAAAGCUCUACCUUUUAUGAGAAAUCCAUGUUAAGAAGAAAGAAGUAAGAAGAAAUCCAUCUCUUUAUGACAAAGUGUAGCAAAAGAAUAUAUUUUAAUUAUGGAGUUCUUACUUGUUUCUAAGUCUGUUCAGGUUAAGCUUUUCAAUGUUUGCUUUGCCAACUAAUUGCAUAACAAUGAAACUGGAUUUUUUUCUAACUGGGUAGUUAGAAUGCAAAGUUUGCUCUUAAAUUACAGUAUGCUGUGAAAUGUUUUAGACAAUGUUUUCAUUUGUAUUUAUGCAUUUACAGUUUCUGCAUGAAAUGUGAUUUGAUAAAUCUGAUACAUAAAUUUACCGUAACUUC